AUGGGAAUUAUGAAGAGUAGUUUAAAGACUACGAGUACGCCAACAAGUCGCUUGAUUGAUAAACAACUUAAAUUGGAUGAAAAGCGAAUGAAGAAAGAAGUGAAACUAUUACUGCUAGGUGCAGGAGAGUCAGGGAAAUCCACUGUAUUGAAGCAAAUGCGAUUAAUUCAUGCUUCCGGCUUUAAAGCAAGUGAAAGGGAAGGGUUUCGUGUGGUUGUCUUUUUCAAUGUCUUUUCAACAGUACAGACUUUAUUAGAAGCAUUGGAAGCUGCAAAUAUACAUUUUUCAGACCCUUAUAUGCUAGAAUAUGCCAGCUUAUUUAUCGAAACCCCUUCAUUAGAAGAAAAUCAACCUUUUCCCGAAAUUUAUCGUGAACCAUUAAAACAAUUAUGGAAAAAUGAAUACAUGCAGACAGCACGUAAGACAGGGACCAUGCUUGCCUUACACGAUAACAUAGACUACUUUUUUGAUAAAAUUGAUACAUUAUGGGACCCAAGAUACACACCUACAGAUCAGGAUAUCAUUCGAUGCAGGGCAAAGACAACUGGUAUUGUCGAGACAACAUUUCAUCUGGGUCCAUUAACUUACCGUAUGUUUGAUGUGGGUGGACAACGAAGCGAGCGAAAAAAAUGGAUCCAUUGCUUUGAUAGUGUCACAUCCGUUUUAUUUGUGGUCGCUAUAAGUGGAUACGACCAAUGUUUAGCUGAAGAUAGAGACUCAAACCAAAUGCACGAAGCACUUAUGCUGUUUGAUACAACAUGUAAUUCACAUUGGUUUGUAAAGACUUCCAUGAUUUUACUUUUAAACAAAAUUGAUAUAUUUAAAAAGAAAAUCCAAUAUUCUCCUAUUGAAGAGUAUUUCCCAGAUUACAAAGGUCAUGUUCAAUCUUAUGACGCCGCCAAAGAUUAUUUUAAGAGGAGAUUUCAAAGACUCAAUCGUAAACCUGAUAAAAGAGUCUAUGUUCAUUUUACAGAUGCAACAGAUACAAAUUUAUUACAGCAUGUCAUGAUGGCAGUAUCUGACAUUAUUUUAAAUGAAAACCUAAGUAGUAUUAUGAUGUAACCUUCAUAGGCCCAAACGUUAAUAAACCCAUACCACCGGUAGAUACUAUAUUACUGAUCGGAUUCUUUCCAUACCCAUAAUACAAAUCCAACGUUUUGUUUCCAAUUU